AUGCUGUCUUACAAGGCGAUUGUCGCGUUCCUAUCCACAUUUUUGUUCAUCAAAAAUGUUGAAUCACUCGCAAGCACGGAUACCAUCACAUGGGGUGGUGACAACAGUCGCUCGGGUUACCAAACCAAUCAUAACAUGGACCCUUCCGUUGUCGGAAGCGAUGCCUUCGGUCAACUCUGGAGAGCCGCGCUACCAGGCAACUUUCAAGGAAUCGGCCCUGAGCAGAUCUUCUCUCAGCCUCUCGUCUAUACCCUCAGUGAUGGCAUCCAAUACGUUUACAUUGCAACUACGCAAAACAAUCUAUACAAGAUCAACGCAAAAACCGGAGAUAUUGUGGCAUCCAGGAACAUGCAUGUACCCUUCCUGACCGCUGAUCUGGACGGCUGUGUUGACAUCAAUCCUACGGUUGGUGUUACAGCUACUGGUGUUAUCGAUCCCGACACUGGAAUCUGGUACCUUACAGCAAAGACAUACUCUGAUGCGUAUCAAAAUGGCGGCUUCUCUAAAGCCAGCCCGCCGGGUCGUCUCAACGGCCGCUACUACUUCCACGCCAUCAAUACCGCCGACUUGUCUGAGGUGACCGGCUUCCCAAAGAUGAUCGAUGGUUUGCAAUUCCGCAACAAUCCCAAUCGGAUGUUCAUUGGAGGCAACCAGCACGCUCGCCCUGGUAUGCUUCAAGUCGGCGAUUUCAUCUACACGGGAUGGGCUUCGCAUUGUGUUAAGUGGAACUUCACUGGCGCCGUGAUUGGUUUCCAUCGCACCACAGGCGCUGUUGUAGAAGCUUUCGCCAUGGAAGGUGGUCCUGAGCCUAACACGAUCCCUGGUGGAGGCGUAUGGAUGUCUGGCGGUGGUCUCGCUUAUGACGGCAAAGGCAGCAUCUUCCUUGCCAGUGGCAAUGGAUAUGCAUCUCAACUCAGCGCCACUGGAAACUCUCUUCCUGGCCGUCAGCCUCCUACCAGUCUGGAAGAAGCCGCUGUUAACUUUGCCAUCGGUCCGGAUGGCAAGCUUACGCCUGUGGACUUCUUCAUGCCAUGGGAGAAGACUCAGCUUGAUGGUGCAGACAAGGAUCUUGGUACGAGUCCGCUUGAACUCUUACCUACUGACGUCUUCAAAUGCCCAAACGUUGCGCGCAUGGGUGUUGUCACCGGCAAGUCUGGUAAAACCUACUGGCUCAACCUUGACAAUCUUGGAGGUUACCAGAUGGGACCGAACAAGUUAGAUGCUGCGAUCCAAGUGACUCAAAACGAAAACUCGGUAUACGCUGGCGCAGGAGUCAUGCCACUCGGUGGUGGAUACAUCUAUAUCAAUGUCAUUCAGUACCAGACUCACGUUUUCAAGUUCAGCUGCUCGGCCAGUGGUGACCCUCAGUUCACUCUUGUGUCCAACACCCCAGAGAAGAAUGCCUACAUCCUCGGCGUAGGUCAUGGCACCACCACCUCACUUAAUGGCCAAGAAGGUACUGGUCUCCUCUGGACCACUGACGUUGAAGGUCUCAAUCUGAGGAUCUACAAUGCUAUUCCUCCGUCAGACGGCGGCAAUUUGCAGCUUAUCAAAUCUUUCAACAUACCCGGUGUCACCAAGUUCUCACGUCCGGUUUUCGGAAAUGGCAUCGCUUACGUUGGAACCACCCAAGGCUAUCUCUAUGCUUUUGGCUCGCCCGUCAACCUUCCUCUCAACUGUUCCUCACCCUACACGUUCCCAAACACAGCUAUUGGUAGCGUCUCUGCUCCCAUCACCAUUACCUGUCGAGCGAGCAUUGGUCUUACUGUGAACAGUGUGGCAUUGACUGGCAACGCGAACUUCAAAACCGACAACGUGAUCACACCUCUUACUCUUGCCGCUGGUCAGACAUUCUCUCUGAACGCCACAUUCGCUCCCAAUUCAGUUGGUCUGCUGUCCAGCGACAUCCUGGUCAACACGACAAAUAGUGUCGCCAAGUACUCCAGCUCUGUGCCCAUCACUUUGAAGGGUAUGGCAAACUCCAAAAAGCCGCUAUUAGCUAUCGCCCCGAAUACUGUCUCUUUCAACGUCAUCGCUGGCGGGCAAGUUGGCGGUACCAGUCAAUCCUCGCUGUUUAGCAACCGCGGAGACUCCUUGUUGACCGUCAGCAAUAUUACAUGGUCUCUUGUUAGCGAGACCGGUCCUUGGAUUCAGCCCAACAUCAGUGACAACGGCGACGUUCAGGUCGGUUACUUCACCUUCUCCAAUCUGCCAACCACAAUCAAUCCAAACAGUGUUGCCACUGUCGAUAUCAACUACAAUCCUGACGUCACUGGAAAUCACGCCGUCUAUGUCAAAGUGAACAGUGAUGGUGGAUCUAGUCUACUUGAUGUAGUCGGACGAGCUGGAAGUAACCCAUCUGCUCUGAUCGAGUUCCAAACUGUCGAUGGAUCUGGCUGGGUCGCGUAUCAGCCUGGUGUACCUUUCACUUUCGGGGAUGUUCUGGAAGGCCAGACUCGCAGUCUCAAAAUGCGAGUCACAAACAACGGCACAGGGUCGGCAGUACCACUCUCUUUGACCGUCUCGAAGCCCCCGUACGGUGUUUCAGGGAUCAUCGGAGCUGUCAACACUAUCGAUCUGGCUGAGGGAACGCUUCUCCAGGCCAAUCAAAGUCAGACGGCCACGCUCUACUGCUCUGUUCCAAGAUCACAAGUAAACGUUCCAAGCUUCUAUGGCAACGCCACUUGGACCAUUAAUACUGGUGAUCCAAACAUGGGCAAGCAAAUCAUUCAGUUCAACUGUAAUGCCGUCGCUGAGCAAGUGGGUCCUCUUCUCUCGAAUGGCACAGCACAGUACGCGUAUGUUGGCUGCUUCAAGGAGAACAACCCCGGACGUCAAUUAUCGGUCAAUCCGCUGACUAGCGUGAACAUGACGAACAACGUUUGCAUCGCUAAGUGCUCAUCCUUGGGUUACCUGUUCGCCGCCACCCAGUAUCAGAGAGAGUGUUGGUGUGGACAGGCGCGCCCUCUUCAGAUGGAUCUAAACUCUGAUUGCAACUUCAACUGCGGCGGUAACGAGAAUCAGACUUGUGGUGGUAAUGGCUAUACUAAUCCAGGAUCACACAUGUCACUCUUUGCUGACUCCACCCGCUUCGAUGGCAAUACCACAACUCUGCAACAGGCUAUUGUUCCUUCCUACAACGGUUACAAUUAUAUCGGUUGCUACGCAGAAUCUGGCGGUAGAACGAUCAAUGCCGCAAGCUUGAACACCAAUGACAUGACUAUCGAAAAAUGCGGAGCUUUCUGCAUUAGCAAAGGUUAUUCUUUGUUCGGUGUUGAGUAUGCUCAAGAGUGUUAUUGCGGUAAUACAAUCGCCGCCUCUUCGACAGUCACUCUCGAUAGCAAAUGCAAUAUGGCAUGUAAAGGAAGCAAUGCAGAAUACUGUGGUGCCGGCUCGUUGAUGAUGCUAUAUGGCAAGAAUGCUAUCUCGUCAAGCUCGUCAAGCCUAUCGUCUAGCUCCACAAGCCUUUCAGCUGGGUCUUCGAGCUCUGCGACCACGUCUUUAGCGCCAUCGAUCGUUACGAGUUCCUCAUCUGUCUCUCAAGCUACCACAACGCCGAUAUCUGCCUUGAGCAACUACACCUACAUGGGAUGCUACAAUGAAACACACGAUCGUCGCGCACUUAAUGGCAAUAGUCGCACUGGAUCUUCCAAUAGCCUGGAAUCUUGCGCGACCUUCUGUUCUGGAUAUGCUUACUUUGGAGUCGAGUAUGGAGCAGAGUGCUAUUGCGGCUCUACCAUUUACUCUAACUCUAUCCGUCAAAGCGAUGAGAGCGGCUGCAAUAUGGUGUGUGCUGCGAACACAUCUCAGAAGUGCGGUGGCCCCGAUUUUCUGAAUGUUUACUACGUCAAUGUCACAUCGUCGGCAACUACCACGACGAGCAGCAGUCCAAGCAUGUCAACUGGACCCACUGUCGUCCAAUCUGUUGCUGAUUAUUCACACAUGGGAUGCUAUACGGAGGCCACCAACGGACGAGCCCUUGCCGGUCUAAGCAAAGCAGGCGCCUCUAUCAGUAUAGACGCCUGUGCUUCUUAUUGCUCCGCAUACACUUACUUUGGCGUCGAGUAUGGCAGCGAAUGUUACUGCGGAAACACCAUUCAAGCAGGAUCUAGCCCUAUCACUGAUGGUCGCUGCAAGAUGCCUUGCGCUGCAAACUCUUCUCAGAUAUGCGGUGGACCGAAUGGCCUAAACAUGUAUCAGAAAUCCAUCAGCUCCUCGACCUCGUCAAGCAUUUCAAGCCCGACAAGCACGUCUAGUGCUUCAAGCUCUAUCGCUCCAAGUAGCUCCACUGCGACUUCAUCUAGCAGCACUAGCACCUCGAGUACUGCAUCGUCUUCGGCGUCAGCAUCUGCAUCGCCCAACAGAUCGCCCAUCUCUUCCAGCUCGACUGCAACUUCGCUCACAAGCUCUUCGUCGUCAUCGAUGCCGUCAGUGUCAUCUUCUACCUCUUCGACUCUUUCCUCUCUGACCUCGACUGGCAUCUCCACGAGUUCGAUCAGCAGUUCAGCGGUCUCUAUAACACCAACUGGACCUGUUGCGAAACCAACCGUGGGCAGCUACAGUUAUCAAGGGUGUUGG